AUGGCGUCCGCAAGCCACCUGCCACGCACCCCGCGACCACCGCCCACCGGCCCAUUGCCAGCGCUGCCCGUCGCCAAAACUCGCAAGUUGUCCGGCGACAGCAUCGCUUCGAGCACCACUCCCGCUUCGCGGCGCACUUCGACCGCAUCCCAAAUCCCCCCACCGUCCUCCAAGAAGACGUCCAUUCCCUCUCGAUCAGUCACUCUCUCCGGCCUGCCCACGCCGCGCCAGCCGACCAAGGCCAACUCCACUCCCGCAGUCCCCACGCUACACGCAAAUGAACAGCCGCCCGCUCCUUCACCAUCUCCACCUGUCGGCACAGGCAUACCGAAGACGGUGCGCAAGACCACUAGUAUUGGUUCUUUCCCGCUUCCACCAAAGGCCGCAGCACGAGUCACCAGCUUGCCGCCAAGUCCACUCUCUACUUCCACAUCGUCGAACGAGCCCAACGCAGCUCAACCACAACCGAGGCAGAAGCGCGAUGCCUCGAAGCAUAGAAGCGCAGACACUGGGCUUAAGAAGCCCAAGACCCGCAGCUCUGGGUAUGGACUGCGCGCAAGAGGGUCGAUACCGAGCUCAGGCCUGGGAGGUUCGCCCAGCCUGCUCAACGGCACAGGCGAAAGUGCCAUGAUUGCAGGAGGAGGCAGUGUGAGGCAAUCAGACAGCUUGCUCAGCCUGCCAUCUCCACCGCAAAGCAGGAGUUCAUCAGCAGAAGGAUCAUAUCAGACAGACAACACCGCAUUUGAAGAUGGGGCCGAUGACCAGCGACGAGGGCGAUCACGAAACAAUGACAAGACUUCGGAUUCCAAGCGCGAUUCUGGAGGGAAAGACGCCAAGGGCAACGUUCUUGUCAGUGUUCGUGUGCGUCCUGACGCUGGGAACGAUGGCAGUAAACCCGAGGGAGAAUGGAUGGUUGACGGCAGACGCUCUCUUAUAUCCUACAGAGGACGCGAAGGCGGCGACUACCGAUACGACAACGUAUUUUCACCUCACGAUAACAACUCACGAGUCUACGACAAUGCAGCCAAACGACUAGUGCGGCGAGUCAUGGAAGGCUAUCACGGCACCGUCUUCGCCUAUGGUAUGACGGGCACCGGAAAGACCUUCUCCAUGCAAGGAACCGCAAACUCACCGGGUGUCAUCCCUCUCGCCAUUACUGACAUCUUCUCCUACAUCCGCGAGAACCCCAGCAGAGAAUUCCUUUUACGUGUUAGCUACUUGGAGAUUUACAAUGAAAAGAUAUACGACCUACUCAGUCAGAGCACGCCUGGCGUGCAACAGGAAGAGAUUAAACUUCGGGAGGAUAGCAAGCGUGGCGUUUAUGCGACUCCACUCAAGGAAGAGAUAGUGCAGUCCCCGAAUCAGCUGUUGCGAGUCAUUGCGCGUGGUGACCUGGCCAGGAGGACAGGAAGCACACAGUUUAACGCGCGCUCUUCUCGGUCACACGCCGUUGUUCAGAUCGUCGUCGAGUCGAGAGAGCGAACGCAGAACCACGGCGCUUACUUCGAAAAGGAGACUCGCAGGACGGACAAGAUCAUGCCAGGUGGCGUGCUGGUCUCAACUUUGUCUUUGAUUGAUCUCGCUGGAUCUGAGAAGGCGGCCGACAAUAAAGAGCGUCGAACGGAAGGUGCCCACAUCAACAAGUCUCUCCUCACUCUGGGAACGGUCAUUGGGAAGUUGUCAGGUGACGACGACAAGGAUGAGAAGGAGGGCGCUAAAAGUGCUGCAGACAAGGAGAAGGGUUUGAAGCAUUUGCCUUAUCGUGACAGCAAGCUCACGAGGUUGCUGCAGCCAGCACUUUCAGGAAACUCGCUGGUGUCGAUUCUUUGCACGAUCCAAUUGUCCUCUGCAGGAACAAGUGCAGCGCACGCCAAUACUCAUACUGGCGAGACUCUCAACACGCUCAAAUUUGCGAGUCGAGCCAAGAACAACAUCGUCAGUCACGCCAAGCGCAACGAAUCGAAUCCGAAUCCAGGUGAUCCCAACAGUCGAGCUCUUUUGGACAGGUAUCGGUUGGAGAUCCAGGACUUGCGAACUCAGCUCGAGCAGCAGAACAAGGCCAAGGAAGAAGCCGAGCAGCAGGAGCAGAUUGAAAAGGACCGCAAGAUGGAGGAGGAAUUGGAGCGGCAGGAAAAGACCAGGCAUGAGGAGCAGAUGCUGGAGAUGCAGCUUGCUCGCACUGCCUUGAAGGAACGAAUCAGCCAUUUGAAUCGUUUGAUCUUGUCCUCGAAGUCGCUUGGAGUCAACUCUGGCCGGUUUUCGAGCUCCAGCUUGCCUUUCAACCCUCGAAUGAGCAUAUACAGCAUUUCGCAAUCGGAAUACGGGCGGCCAGUCAGUGUCCGAAGUCGCGAGAGCAUGGCCAACAGGGACAGCACAAUGACACUCGAGGUGCCAUCUCCAGACGAGGAUCGCCAGAGGACGAUGUCGAGCGGAUCCAUCACCAUGGGCACCUUCCCAGCCGUGCAGGUCUCUCACAUGAUCACCGAGGACGAGACUGUCAUGGAGGAGGAAGAGGAUGGCCAAGGAUCCGGAGAUAUCGAUGCUGAAGGCAAUGCUAGCAUGUCGCAACAGAAUCGGAUGCUGCAGGCAGAUCUGGCCGAUAAGAACCGGUACAUCGCGACUUUGGAGAAGCGUCUCUUGCAAGCGCGGCGGACGAGCCACAGCCGUGUGAGCAUGCACUUUGCAUCCCGCGUUGGUCUGCCAGAGGAAGGGAGCUUGGAGGGUCUCCUUCGGGAAAAGGACCGUGAGAUCGAGGAGCUGAAGAUCAAGCUGGACGACCAGAUGCGGAUGGUGACUGCACUUAGGAGUGCGGCACGUAAACGUGAGAUGGUCGACAAAAGGAAGAGCCAUGCAACGACGACCAGCGAGGAGACGGCUCGACCAGCAACAUCCAAUGGGUUGGUCGACACCGUUCCAGAUCUUUCAUCCAUGCCCUUCAAGAGGCAGAAUAGCUCCCGGACGUCCAGGCACAGCUCUCAUUCGCGAAACGGCGGCCGAUUCAGCGGCGAGAACCACCGCAGCACUCCCUCAACGGCCAGUCGAUCCAGCUCCGGUGUGGUCAACUUCUCCAAGACUCCGUUGAGUCCGAUGGCGAUCCUGAGUCCGACUCAUUCUUCCAGCAACUCCCGUGACUCGAUCAACAAGGAGGGCUUCACCACCGUCGCGAACCGGCGCAAGAGUGUCGACGAAAUGACCCAGCUGCUCGACCAGAUGAUCCAGGACAAAGUGGAAAGCGGACAUGUCGUGCGCGGCGAGCGAGGCUCCUUAAGAGUGCGACACGACACCGUGCUAGCUCAAAUCAACGACGCCACGGGGACCCAACACGAAGACGGCCCCAUCCCUCCCGGACAGCAUAUCCCCAGCGAAGAACUCAAGGCUGCAUGGUGA